AUUUGGUCAUCUUUGGACAGACACCGCAGCUCUGUUAAAAAAAAACCUGAGCCAUCCUCCGGUAAACCUCCAACUGAAGAGGGCAGAAAACAGCAGGGCGUUGAGGCUCGUUUUUAAGAUGGGGAGUUAUUAAUACAAACGUUGUUUAUGCUAAAUUAACUAUUGGGAUAGCAUGGCGCAGUCGGAUUCAGAGUUCAGCAUCCUCAAGGAAUGGAGCGGACAAAUUCAGCCGGCGCUCAUUGCAUCGUUCAUCAUCCUCUGCUGUCUGGAGGCUUGUUUUUGGGUUAGAAAUAUCACUCUUAAAAAAAAGAGACUUCCGGGACCCUUUGCUUGGCCGCUUGUUGGAAACGCCAUGCAGCUCGGACAAAUGCCACACAUCACCUUCUCAAAACUGGCAAAGAAGUACGGAAACGUCUACCAGAUCAGACUGGGCAGCAGCGAUAUUGUGGUUCUGAAUGGAGAGUCUGCCAUACGCAGCGCAUUGCUUCAACACAGCACUGAAUUUGCAGGAAGACCCAACUUUGUGUCAUUUCAAUACGUUUCCGGCGGGACCAGCAUGACGUUUGCCAGUUAUAGCAAGCAAUGGAAGAUGCACCGAAAAAUCGCUCAAUCCACCAUUCGCGCGUUCUCAAGUGCAAACAGCCAAACGAAGAAAUCCUUCGAAAAGCAUAUUGUCGCUGAAGCUGUGGAUCUAGUGGAAACAUUUCUAAAGAUCCAACAUUUCAAUCCCUCACAUGAACUCACGGUGGCAGCGGCUAAUAUAAUCUGCGCUCUGUGUUUCGGGAAGCGCUACGGACAUGAUGAUCUCGAAUUCAGGACUCUCUUAGGAAACGUGAAUAAGUUUAGCGAAACAGUGGGAGCUGGAAGUCUGGUGGACGUCAUGCCUUGGCUGCAAACGUUCCCCAAUCCCAUAAGAAGCAUUUUUCAGAGCUUCAAAGAUCUUAAUAGUGACUUUUUCUCCUUUGUUAAGGGUAAAGUGGUGGAGCACAGACUAAGCUACGAUCCUGAGGUGAUUAGAGACAUGAGUGAUGCGUUUAUUGGUGUAAUGGAUCAUGCAGAUGAGGAAACGGGUUUGACUGAGGCUCAUACUGAAGGCACGGUGUCUGAUUUGAUUGGUGCAGGUUUGGACACUGUUUCCACUGCGCUUAAUUGGAUGCUUCUGCUGCUUGUUAAAUAUCCAUCAAUUCAGAGCAAACUUCAAGAGCAGAUUGAUAAGGUUGUGGGUCGUGACAGACUCCCGUCAAUAGAAGAUAGAUGCAAUCUGGCCUAUCUGGAUGCAUUCAUCUACGAAACCAUGCGCUUCACCAGUUUCGUCCCCGUCACCAUCCCGCACUCCACCACCUCAGACGUCACCAUUGAAGGUCUCCACAUCCCCAAAGACACCGUGGUCUUCAUCAACCAAUGGUCGGUCAACCACGACCCUCAAAAGUGGAGCGAUCCGCACAUCUUCAACCCGUCCAGAUUCCUGGAUGAGAACGGCGCUCUGGAUAAAGACCUGACCAACAGCGUGAUGAUCUUCUCCAUUGGGAGGAGGAGAUGCAUUGGCGAUCAAAUCGCAAAAGUGGAAGUUUUCCUGAUUUCUGCCAUUUUGAUCCACCAGCUGACUUUCGAGAGCGACCCAUCACAGGACUUGACUUUAAACUGCUCGUAUGGUUUAACACUGAAGCCAUUCGAUUAUAAAAUCUCUGCCAAACCCAGGGGAAGCAUUGUAAAUUGAGCAUUAAUUAAUUUGUGCUGUCUAACCCACUGCCUAUGAUCUACUACACUAUGCAGAGUCAGGUAUGGGCUUUAUAUGAAACAUAGUAAAAGCAUUAAGGUACUGUAGAUUAUACAUAUAGUCCACCAUGUAGUUAAUAAUAAAGUGUGAGUGUAACUAAAUCAAAAUAAAUAACCUAAAUAGAAACAAAAUUGGCAUCAUGAGCAGUUCAUUGAACUUAGAGACAAUCAUUGUGCAUUAUGCAUUUGGCAAUCUACAGUCAAGAUCAAAAUUAUUCAUACCUCAGGCAAAUUCUGACUUAAAGUUGAGCUCAAAUGUAAAUAAAAUCUGAGAAAUAUUUGGUCGCACUUUAUAUUAAGUGGCCUUAACAAAUAUGUACUAACACAGGAAUUAAUAGUUUGUUACAAUGUACUUAUUGUGUAAAUGCAUGUAUUUACUGUGUACUUAUGCUUGAUUAAAUACAUGUAUGUAA